CACCUCCAUUCCUCAGCCUAGCCUCCCUUUGGGUGAAAACCCUUUGGACGAGGGUCACCAGAGAGGCAGGCAGCGCACUGAUUGCGUUGUGCAACCCGUGGGGCGGCUGAUGGUCUCUGCAGCCCCCUCCAAAGCCCUCCCACCGUAAGAUUGAAAGACCAGGAUCUAGCCCCAAGUCCAUGGACCCCAGGGGCAUCCUGAAGGCAUUUCCUAAGCGGAAGAAAGUUGUUGCCGAGCCAUCAUCCAAAGCCCUCGCAAAGAUCCCCAAGAAGGAAGCCAGAGAAGAAGUGGGAGGGUGGCUGAGCUCCCUGCGGGCCCAUGUUGUGCCCACUGGCAUUGGGCGAGCCCGGGCUGAACUCUUUGAGAAGCAGAUUGUCCAGCACGGUGGCCAGAUCUGCCCUGCCCAGGCCCCAGGGGUCACUCACAUUGUGGUGGAUGAAGGCAUGGACUGUGAGCGGGCCCUGCGUCUCCUUAAACUGCCCAGGCUGCCCCCAGGUGCCCAGCUGGUGAAGUCAGCCUGGCUGAGCCUGUGCCUGCAAGAGAGAAGGCUGGUGGACGCGGCCGGAUUCGGCGUAUUCAUCCCUGACAGGUACUUGGACCAACUACAGCCCAGCAAGGCCAACCAAGAGCCUUCUACUACUCCUGGUUCCCAUGAGGCUCUGCUCAGGACACCCCUGCCGCCGCCUCCUCCUCCUUCGCUCAUCAGACCCAUAUCUCCUUUCUGGAAAGCAGAAGAGGCACCGAGUACCCCUCCCCAGGCUGGCUCUGAUCAUGAAACCGAUGAUGGGGAAGAGACCCAGGUUAGCACGGCUGACCUGGAAACCCUGAUCAGUGGCCGUGACCCCACGCCCCUCACAGGAGAUGCUGGACCGAGUCCAGCCCCGGAGCCUCUGGACAAGUGGGUCUGCGCACAGCCUUCGAGCCAGAAGGCCACCAACCACAACCCCCACAUCACAGAGAAGCUGGAGGUGCUGGCCAAAGCCUACAGUGUGCAAGGAGACAAGUGGAGAGCCCUGGGCUACUCCAAGGCCAUCAAUGCCCUCAAGAGCUUCCACAAGCCUGUCACCUCCUUCCAGGAGGCCUGCGGAAUCCCUGGCAUCGGGAGGCGGAUGGCCGAGAAGAUCGCGGAGAUCCUGGAGAGCGGGCACCUGCGGAAACUGGACCACAUCAGCGAGAGCGUGCCUGUCCUGGAGCUCUUCUCCCACAUCUGGGGUGCCGGCACCAAGACGGCCCAGAUGUGGUACCAUCAGGGCUUCCGGAACCUGGACGACAUCCGCAGCCAGGCCUCCCUGAGCAGCCAGCAGGCUAUAGGCCUGAAGCACUACGAGGAUUUCCUGGAGCGCAUGCCCAGGGAGGAGGCUGCAGAGAUCCAGCAAAUGGUCCAGGAGUCGGCCCAGGCCCUCAAUCCGGGGCUGCUCUGUGUGGCCUGUGGUUCGUACCGGCGGGGAAAGGCCACCUGUGGCGAUGUGGACGUGCUGGUCACGCACCCUGAUGGCUGGUCCCACCAGGGCAUCUUCAGCCUCCUCCUUGACAGCCUCCGGAGACAAGGGUUCCUGACUGAUGACCUGGUGAGCCAGGAGGAGAAAGGCCAACAGCAGAAGUACUUGGGUGUGUGCCGGCUCCCUGGGCCCGCUCGGCGGCACCGGCGGCUGGACAUCAUUGUGGUGCCCUACAGCGAGUUCGCCUGCGCCCUGCUCUACUUCACCGGCUCUGCCCACUUCAACCGCUCCAUGCGGGCUCUGGCCAAGACCAAGGGCAUGAGCCUGUCGGAGCACGCGCUCAGCAUGGUGGUCCGAGACGCCCAGGGCCUCAAGCUGGGGCCUGGCCGGCUGCUACCCACCCCCACGGAGAAGGAUGUCUUCAAACUCCUCGGCCUCCCCUACCGAGAACCGGCUGAGCGGGACUGGUGACCCCCCUUGCUGCAGCUGACCGAGCCUGCACGAGGUCCAGGGUCCUGGAGGCUACCUGGGCCUGGGCCCCACCUCUGACCCUGGGAGUUCUGCACAUGCUCCACUUCCCGUUCUGAGCAGGGCAGGAACUGGUAGCUGAUUUGAAGUCCGGUUUCCUGUGCUGAGCACCCAGACCAUCCCCACCAUCACCCUGGAGAUGCCUAGCUGCUGGGGGAGGGGGCAGGCAAGCAGCUGUGGACCCUGCAUCAUCCGGACCCUUGUAGGGGAAGGAACAAUUCCAGACGCACUCGUGACCCACCCCACUUCCUAUGCAACUGCAAGGGCGGGAGGACUCGGUGGAAGGCCCAGGGGCCCAGUAAAGUGCACUUGACAUUG